CACAGAGGAAGUUCAGAGAGGCUGUGCAGAAUGCAGCUCGUGUUACAGUCGCCGCCCUGUGGCGAGGAUGAGGUACUGCAGGACGACGCUCUACGUUCUCAUGUGAUUUAUUUCUUAUGUUGAUCAGCCUGCAGCCAGAACAUUAAAUUGUGAUCUUCAGCUCUGCUCGGAGUCAUGAGGGGGCGCUGCAGAGUGUGAGCAUGGCCAACACCGUGGCUUCCUACGACCAGCUGGCCCACCAGGUGGAGGUGCUCCGUAAGGAGAACUCCCACCUGAGGAGGGAGCUGGAGGACAACUCCAACCACCUGUCCAAACUGGAGACUGAGACCUUCGGCAUGAAGGAGGUGCUGAAGCAGCUGCAGAGUAAGCUGGAGCAGGAGGCGGGAACGCUGGCCUCGUCCGGGAGGAGCGACGUGCUGCACCAGCUCAAAGAGCUCCACAUGGACCUCACCAACUACUACGAACUCAAACACCAGCCUCAUAACCUGAGGCUGCUGACUGACAGUGUGGGAGGGGCGGGGCCAACAGGUGUCAGGGGGGCGGGGCCCAUCGUUGUCGGAGGGGCCAGUCUGGAUGAUCAUCUGGCUCUGCCUCCUUCCUCCUGCUCCUCCUCCUCGGCAGUGGCGAGCAGAGCCAGGAGUCCUCUCAGAGCUUCAUCUCGUCUGAGUGCGGCGUCCGGAGGAGAAGCCGCUGCCGUCAUGCUGCCGCAUCACUUCCUGGACGGAGCCCCACCCAAAACAGCUGUGAUUAGCGGGGCGGAUGGACGAAUGAGCGAUCACCACGUGGAGGAGCUGUACAAAGAGAGGAACCUCCUGCUGGGUGAGAUCGACCGGGAGGAGAGGGAGCGCUGCUGGUACUUCAGCCAGCUGGAGGCGCUGUCACAGAGACUGGCUCAGCUGCCUCGCAUCGAAAUGUUCUCUCUGCAGAUGGAUUUGAUCCGACAGCAGCUGGAGUUUGAAGCUCAGCAGGUUCAGUCGGUGAUGGAGCAGCGCUUCGGCACCAGCGACGAGAUGGUUCAGAGAACACAGAUGCGUGUUGCUCGUCUGGAGCAGCUGGAGAAGGAGCUGCAGGAGGCCCGAGGGAGUCAGGAGAACCAGCUACAGCUGUCCGGAGCAGAGAAGCCCCCUGCUGGAGAACCAGAGAACAACGCCUCAUCAUCAUCCGCAGCGGCAGCAGCAGGAACAGAAGCUGCUGCAGAUGGAGGCAGCAAGGUGGAGAUAUUCUGGCUGCUCUCCAUGCUCGCUAACAGGGAUAAGGAGGAGAUGUCCCGGACUCUGCUGGCUCUGUCCAGUUCUCAGGACAGUUGCAUCGCUAUGAGGAAGUCCGGCUGCGUCCCUCUGCUGGUCCAAAUCCUGCAUGAACCUCCGGGUGGCAGCGGUGGCCCCGGGGAGACCGGAGCAGGCGGCACGACGACAGGCUGCAGCCGAGAGGCCAAAUCCAGAGCCAGCGCUGCCCUCCACAACAUCAUCUACUCCCAGCCAGACGAGGGCCAGGCCCGCCGCGAGAUGAGGGUGCUGCACAUGCUGGAGCAGAUCCGGACUUACUGUGACAGCGGCUGGGACUGGAUAGAGAGCCAUGCAGGGACACCUUCACCCGGGGGAACCAAAACCACUGACAUCCCUGAACCUGUGGACCCUCAGAUCUGUCAGGCCACGUGUGCCAUCAUGAAACUCUCCUUUGAAGAGGAGUACAGGCGCGCCAUGAAUGAGUUAGGUGGUCUGCAGGUAGUGGCCGAUCUAAUCCACCUGGACCAGGACAUGUACGGUAUGCAGAACGACCCCAUCAACAUGGCUCUGCGCCGCUACGCAGGGAUGGCAGUGACUAACCUCACCUUCGGAGACGUCGUCAACAAGGCCACCCUGUGCUCAAAGAAGAACUGCCUUCAGGCUCUGGUGGCCCAGCUGGCCUCAGACAGCGAGGAGCUUCAUCAGGUGGUCUCCAGCAUCCUGAGGAACCUGUCCUGGAGGGCCGACAUCAACAGCAAGAGAGUCCUCAGAGACAUUGGCUGUGUCUCUGCACUGAUGACCUGCGCCCUGCAAGCCACAAAGGAGUCAACCUUGAAGAGUCUCCUGAGCGCACUGUGGAAUCUGUCGGCUCACAGCAUUGAUAACAAAGUGGCCAUCUGUUCGGUGGACGGAGCUCUGGGCUUCCUGGUCAGCACGCUGACGUACCGCUGUCAGACCAACUCGCUCGCCAUCAUCGAGAGCGGCGGAGGGAUCCUUAGAAACGUGUCCAGUCUGGUUGCCACACGAGAAGACUACAGGCAAAUCCUGAGGGACCACAACUGCCUCCAAACUCUGCUGCAGCACCUGCGCUCCCACAGCUUGACCAUCGUGAGCAAUGCCUGUGGGACUCUCUGGAACCUUUCUGCCCGAAGUCCAAAAGACCAGGAGCUUCUGUGGGACCUUGGGGCAGUUAGCAUGCUGCGCAACCUUAUCCACUCCAAGCACAAGAUGAUAGCCAUGGGCAGCGCUGCAGCCCUAAGGAACCUGCUCACCAAUCGACCCCUGAAAUAUAAGGAUGCUGCAGUCGUAUCUCCUGGCUCCUGCAUGCCCUCACUCUACAUGAGGAAACAGAAAGCUCUUGAGGCUGAGCUGGAUGCCAAACACCUAGCGGAGACUUUUGACACCCUUGAGAAACAGAGCCCCAAGCACUUGACCCUGAACAAGCCACUACGGCACAUUGAGAGUCUGGCGAAGGACUACGCGUCUGAUUCUGGUUGUUUUGAUGAUGAUGAGGCCCCCAAUGUCUCCAGUAGCCUGGACACUGGGAGCUUCUCUAUGCUGUCCAUGUUCCUUACCAACUCUAACUUUUUGCAAAAUCAGCCACGUAAGAGGGACAGUGAACCCGAAAGAGACACAGACCCACCUCAGAUGAUCGAGAAAAGACAUGCACCUACUGACGAUGUGGUAUCUGCUGCAGCAGAGAAGCUAGCAAAAAAGAUCACCAAUACGGUGGCCAAGAUCGACAGGUUAGUGGAGGACAUCACCAUGCACACGUCCUCGGAGGACAGUUUUAGUCUCAGUUCUGAGGACCACCUAGCGGACUGGCCUUAUGGAAUAGAUGAACUCAAUGAAGCCCGGGCAAAAUCUUGCUCCCCCUGCCGUCUCUCUGACACAAGUAGCUUGGCCCACAGAGAACGACUCAGUAGAGCUCAUGCCCUCUUGCGCCUCAAAACUGCCCAUACAAGUGUAUCAACAGACAGCCUAAACAGUGGAAGCACCAGUGAUGGCUACUGUGGCAGCAAAGACCAGCUGCGACCUGCUCCAACAGCUCUAAAAAUGCAACCACGACCCAACCAACUUGAUCUAAAGGUGGCUCAUCAAGAUUACGUUAGUUUAGGGCCUUGUGUCCCGAAUGAAACCAACCAGCAGGAUAUCCCUGAGAGAGAUUCUGUGGACAACAAAGAUGUGAAAGCUCUAGAGUCCAGCAGCACAGAUGCAGAAAAGAACCAGGAUCAGCCUGUACAAACACCUGUCAGUGCAUCCACUAAAGUGUCCUCUGAUGUCAGCAUGACUUCAAUUAAACUGUCUCCUUCUUAUCAACAGGUUCCACUCAUUCAGAGUGUGGCCAAAUUUGGUGUAGCGAAGACAGCCAUCAAUGUUCAGGCUGCUCAGGCAAUGAGGAGACAAGCAUGGGUACCUACUGUUAUGACUGGGGGGAGUAUUACAAAAUUUUCUCCAAUGACCACCAGAAGUCCAACUAUUGGGACAAUGGAGACAGUCCAGAAAUACUCAGUGGAGAACACCCCGAUUUGCUUCUCCCGCUGCAGUUCACUUUCCUCCCUCUCCUCUGGUGAUGGAGCUCUGGAUGGACAAAGUGAGAAUGAGCUGGAGAGUGACUCAUCAUUAGAAAUAAUUGAAGUGGAGGAUGAAGAAGUAGUGAACAGACCUGAAGAGGAUGAAACCUUGGAGGAUUUGACUGACAGCCAGCUGUUGAUGACAGACUCAAAAACCUUCCCCAGCAAAGAGACAGAUCCCAUCGAGAUCCCCUGUCCUGUCAAAAGGGAAAAGGUGUUCCUCAGAGGAGCUUCACCAGCUGUACUUGAAGACAGAUCUCCAUCCAGCUCAUCUGAAAACUACAUACAUGAGACACCUCUGGUAAUGAGUCGCUGUAGCUCAGUCAGUUCACUGGGCAGCUUUGAGUCGCCCUCUAUUGCAAGCUCAAUCCAAAGUGAUCCAUGCAGUGAAAUGAUUGAUGGAACAAUAAGCCCCAGUGAUCUCCCCGACAGCCCAGGGCAAACCAUGCCUCCUAGUCGAAGUAAAACUCCAUGCUGCGUUGAGCCAAAUGGACCCGAAACACAGGCAGCAGGAGUAGCAGGCCAGUGGGAAAAUAGCCUGCGAAAGUUCAUGGAUAUUGCAGACUCCAAGGAAAGGUUUAACCUUCCUCCUGACCUGGACACCAUGAUUUACUUCACUGUGGAAAAGCCCACCGAAAACUUCUCUUGUGCUUCAAGUUUAAGUGCUCUGCCUCUUCACGAACACUACAUACAGAAAGAUGUUGAGCUGAAACUGACGCCCCUACUCCAGCAAAAUGAUAAAAAUCUUCCUUUCCCUGAUGAAGAUGAGCAAGGACUUGACCAUGGUGAGAGAUAUAGUGAGGGCAAUUCAGAUGAUGACAUAGAAAUCUUAAAGGAGUGCAUCAACUCAGCAAUGCCCUCCAAGUUCAGAAAAGUAAGACCUUCCCUGAUGACCACAAUCCCUCCACAUAUUCUCAAUUCCCAGAUCCGAAAACCAAUACAUCUCCCAGUAUACAUGAUGCUCCCGAAUGGCAAAACCCAAAUGUGUCCCGGCAGGAGAAUUGUCAUUCCACAAAAGGACCUCAAAUUAGAUGAUUCAUCCUUCACUGAUUCUGCGGAAGGCACACCUGUCAACUUCUCCAGCACAACAUCAUUAAGUGAUGAAACUCUUCAGUAUCCAGUGAACGACAGGGGGGCUAAAGACUGCACAGCUAAAGGCAUGAACAAACAGGAAUUGCUUGACGAUGAGGCAAAGAGGAUCGAAGACUUGAGGAUAUUCUCACACUUCCACAAAUCCAACAGGGUGAACUACCCCCCUGAAAUACAAAUGAACCGAACUACCAAGCAUGUUGUUCCUACUCAGAGGGUGCUGAUGCAAAGCAAAGAGGUAGCCGAUAGGGUGGCAAGCCAAAGAAAUCGUGAUCAGUCUCCUAACCAACAAAAGAAGAGGCAAUCUCAAGGCUCUGUCAGGAAACUAGAUCUGCCUGUCAUAAAGCAAACCACUAGUAACCUUAAUGUGGGAUCACAAAAAGGAAACACAGUCUUUAGAAAAGUGACCCAUUCCUCAGGGGACAGUAUCCACUUCUACGAUAACGAAAAUGGAAAAGAGGAAGUCAUGAAGCAAACAAAUAGGAAGCAGAUCAGAGAAGCAAGUAGAAAUACUCUCUCACGGAGCAUGACAAAUAUUGGCAGGAUUGAUAAUUGCCAAGGAAAGUCAAAAGGGUUUCACAGGAUAAAACAGAAUCUGAUAAAGGAUGAAUCCCUGGGAUGUUACUCACUCAGCUCCUCUCUCAGUUCACUGAGUGAUGCUGAGUUUGAGGAUCAUAAAUCAAAAGCCCAGCAAAUAUGGUACAAAAACAGACACAACAAGACACUGAAUAUGGUCCAACAAACAAAGCCUAAGACCAUUCACAGUCAAUAUGAAGAGCCAAGCUCGCCAAGCUCUGUCAGCAUGGACUCAGAGGAUGACCUCCUUCAGAAAUGCAUAACAUCUGCCAUGCCCAAGCAGAGAAGGAAGCUUGCUGCCAGGAAGAAGAAAGCAGAAAAUACUCACAAACAAAAGGCCUCUGAUGAGUGGAACAUGGAUGAGGAAAUGGAUAGCGAUGAUACAGCAUGGGAUAAAGAUUCAGACCUCAACAGUGUUGAAUGGAGAGCCAUACAAGAAGGGGCUAAUUGUGUUGUCACUGGGCUGCAGGCAUCAAAGUCUCAAGAGCCAUCUUCUGAAGAGACUGAAUCAGUCCUUUCCUUCAUGUCAACGUCCAGCUUCACGCCCAAAGAGAGAAAAUUUGCAAAAGAUAAAAAGGCUAAUAAACCCCUAGACUUCGCUCAGCGCAAGCCAGUUCCAAACUUACCUGUGGUUUUCAGAGGCAGGACAGUGAUCUAUACACCAAAAAAAGAAACCGCUCCAUCGCAAAGACCUCCUCCCAGAAAAGUACCACCCAAGACAGAUGCUCCAAAGAAUCCAAACCUUGCUCAGCACAGAUCAAAGAGUCUUCACCGAUUAGGUCACCCACAAGACACUGAACUGUCUUUGCCAAAGAGGAGCUCUACUCCACCUCCAAGGAUACCAAAAAGUUCAUCCUCUGGAUCAUCGCAAACCUCUACACCAUCCAAACAGUCACAGAAGAAGAUAACAUCCCCAACUCAGACAAACAAAACCAUUCAGAAAAAGAGCGUUUCACCAACUAGUAGUCCACCAGCUAGUAGUCCCCAUGAAAGAAAGGGACGCUCUCCUGUUGUGAAUCAAAAUGAAAAAUCCCCACCACCUAAAACUCAGAAGUCACCUGUCCGAAUCCCUUUUAUGCAAAAUUCAGUCAAGGCUAGACCUCUCUCUCCUCUAGUGACAAACCAAGCGACCACCAAACAAACUAAUCAGGUGAAUGGGAAAAGAGUGUCACCUGCCAAUCGAUUUGAACUGGUCAGGAUGACUUCUGUCCAUUCAAGUGGUGGUGAGUCUGAUCGCACUGGGUUUUUGAGACAGCUGACUUUCAUUAAAGAAUCAAAGACUGUGCUGAGACGUGAUGGCUCUGCACGCAACAUGCCCGGAUCCCAGAAUGGAUCCCCCCGCAGAGCAGUUCCUGGAGCUUCAGCCGUCUUCCUCUGCUCAUCACGCUGUCAAGAACUGAAGGCAGCUGUGCAAACCCAAAGAAGGGUGCAAGUAAAAGAGUCAGGACAAGCACAGCAAGGCAAAAGGUCAGACCAUGGCCUUCAGAAGCAGACUACAACCCUCUCUAGAGCAACCUCCAGUGAAAGGGACGUAUCUACAAGGCGUCCAGGCAGGAGAACUAGCUCUGAAAGUCCCUGCAGGGUUGCUAAGCGAAAUGAUCCGGGCAGAGUAUCUGGAACCAGACAGCAACAAGACAAAGAUACCUUUAAGCGUCAUGCCUCGUCACCAAGCAUAAACCUACUGAGCCGAGUAACAAGCCGUUCUUCCCUCCGCUCUUCAUCAUCUGAUUCCAGUGGAAGAGCAAAGAGCGAGGACGAUACAAAGAAAAAGGGGCAGAAAUCUGCAUCACGACUACAUGACAGAGUCACUUGGAGGAGGAUCAGGGAUGAAGAUGUACCUCAGAUCUUGAAAAGUACUCUGCCAGCCAAUGCAUUACCUCUGGUGCCUUCUCCUGAUGGGGAAAAGCCAAAGCCACCAGCUCUUCCAGGUAAACUGCCAACCAUUCUACUAGCAUCUCGCAAGACAAGUGACGCAACAGUCCAGACAGAAGACUUUUCAAACAACAAGAUCAAUUCAAGCACCUCUCCGACGGUUGAAACAGAUCCGGUGAUCUCAGAGGAAGUGGCGAGACUAGCGCUACUCAGAAAGAUUAGCGCCACCUCUGGGAGUAACCUCCUGGAUGGAGACUCGGAUGGAUCCCUGAGGAGCCACAGCACGGUCUCCACAGGAACAUCAGACUGCCACGUGAGCGGAGUUGUCCAUUUCCGCCAAGGAUCUCCCAGCAAAGCCGCCCGAAUUACUCCAUUUAAUUACGUCCCAAGCCCCAUGGCCUGCUGCCUACAAGACGCACAGAGCCAAGGAGCCACAAUCAAUAAGAAGUCAGUGGGGAAAAGUGAGUCGUUGGACGUUUAGUGAACAGCAUGGAGGACUCCACUGCUUUCCUGUAUGACACUCAGCACUCAGGUGGACAGAAAAGGAGUGUGCUGGACCCUAUACCUCGGGUAUUGACCCUUUACUUUCCCAUUCACUGAAUUCCUGAAUUCACUGAAGUUUUUCUCUCUGAAAAAUUGAUCACAGCUUCCAUCUACCAUUCAUACAGGGUGGGAUGUAUGCAUUGAGACGGGUCUGCCAUGAACAGACCAUCAAUAACUUUUAGAGAUGCACUUCAGAGAAAAAUCUCAGAUGAAAUGGAAGUGCAUCUUUUUGUACUUUUUGUAUUUGUAGAGUAACCAUUGCCUGGUAGAAAUGUAGUGAAAGCAUAAAGCAAAAGACAAUUAACUUAAUUUCAGCACAUAAAUCACCAUCGGUCUCCUGGACAGAAUCGACAGAAGAAAAAUAUUAUGCAAACUUUUGAAGGACAACUUAGCUGGACUUCUACCUGAAAAGGUACAAACUCUGGCAGACUGUUGACAGACUUUCACAAAGAACACAAAUACACUGACAUGUAAUGUCUUUUUUUACAUACAGUACAUCAAAGCUUGGGGCCUCACCUCUCAACUAAAUAUGAAACACUGUUAGCCUUUCCUGUUAUGGAGCCUAGUGGGGUUGGGGUACAUUUUCGAUGAAACAUUUCUUCAAAUUAACGUAUUCCGUUUGUAUGUGUAGGUGCCUAGAUUACACUAUAUUCUUGGACUGAGAUAUGUGGAUAUACUUGUUAGCAGUCUGCACAAUACUGUGAUAUCCAGUGUUUAGUGUCACUAAAAGUUUUGCGAGAUACAAAUUAGAGAAAGAUGAUAACUUGCAGGUUUGGUUUGGGUAGAAUGUUUAAAGUCAAGGUAUUUAAUCUCACUGACAUAAAUAUCCUAAAAAUUAAAUAUUUCCAUGAAUCUGUCCUACUCAGUGAUUUGAACUGAAAGUGACAGUUGAAGUGACUUUAAUGGCCUAUACAAGCAGAAAUUUUAUGGGAUUGCUGUCUUGGUGUAAGUGAGAUGGCAGAUUUCCAAUAUAAAAUCUCCCACAGCAGAUAUCAUCAAUGUCACCCAGCAUUAUUUUUCUCAAAUAGUUAUUUUGAAGUUUUGUUUUAUCACAAAUAUUUCACCUCAACACCUGCUGGACUCCAGUUUCAUCACUGCUGCAGAAAAUAUUAUAGCAAAUACCAUAAUUUUCAAAACUGUCAGCUGAUUUGGAGUAACUUCUUGCUCUCCUGUACUCUUUGUCUUAAUCAGUAUUGUAAAUAACUUGCAGAUAUACAAAAUCUUCAAAGCUUCCUGGUGGGCAAAAGAAUCUCUGACAGCAUGCUAAUAUAUUCACUGACUUAACGUUGUGGAAGCGGGACGACAUUCAGUGAUAAAACUAGCCAUCUGUAUUCAAGUGCUGCAGUCACCUAUAAGUCUACAAACUGUCAGCGUAGAUGAACAAAGCCUCUGUUAAUCGAAUGUGAUGACGUUAUAUUUGCAUUCGCUACUAGAUUCAGACAGUUUGCUGUUUAGUAUUUCCUGUCAACAAAACAUGACUACUCGAUUGGAUGACGAUGGGCUCUGAAUGGAUGGACGUGUGUGCUUACAGCAGUUAUCCUCUGGAAGUCUUUACAACGUGUUCAUAUCUGCUUAACUGUGUAGCUGUAAAAGUAGUGAUAGGUCGAGAACAAGUUGAAUAUAAAGACGAUGCAUAUUCUCUGUAGUUGUACCAUCACUUCCAUGUGUUUUUCAGGGAUCAAAGACAGCAGACUGCUGGGUGGAAUGAACAUUAAUCUAAAUUAAGGGGCUGUUUAGUCAUAAAAACAAGGUUUUGCAUUAUAAUGUCACCCUAGUGUAUUUCCAAAGCAUGUUUUGACCUUAAGUCCCAAUGGCCCUUGUCAGAAAUGGAAGUGAUACACCAACAAAAUCUAAUAUCUUCUGAGUAUCACACUCACCCACAGCGUCUGGGACCAAAUGAGGGUCAAUGUGAUUUUGAGCUUGUGAAAAGAUGUUUUACAAAUAAUUUCAAAGUGUCUGCACAUCACAGUUUGUUUAAACUAAACGUGAGAAAUCCACAUUUGCCAAACUGUAGAAGAAAGUUGAGCCUGUGCACAAAUGACACAAAGACUCUGAGGAAAAACUGCUUUAGUGAACGUUUAACUACAGAAAACAGUUUGAAUACUGAAGUUAAACAUGAAAAUAUGUGGAAAUCUCUGCGCUAAUAUCAUUUAUGCACCGUUUUGUUUUUCCACAAACUGGUCUGUGCAGAAUAUCACAGUAGUUCAGCUCAUUCAGAUUUUGGUUUCACAUGAUGUGUAACCACAGAAUGUUUCUGUUAAUUUCACAAAAAAAAAAAUCUUAAAAUCUUUUGUCCCUCAAAUGAGCCCAGAACUCAAGGCUGGAAAGGUGGAUUCAUCAGCUUUCUAGUUGAGGGUUUGAUACUGAAAAGACAGACUUUGGAAGGAGAAUCACUUCAACAGCCCCUAAAAGCAAAAUCAGGAAGAAAAGAUGAACGUGUGUGAUUGAGACAUACAGGGCGUUUAUGGUUCCAUGUUUAAAAGCCAUCAGAAGGUCCUGGAAGUCUGCCAUCGCCAUCGGCGGCCUUGUUCACGUCUGGCUGUAGAUGAAACUUCCUGUCCAAACUAAUGCAGGUGGCUUUCAGAUGAUGCAGUAUUGUUUUGCAUUUAGCAUUUAAUCUUUCCAAUGCGCUAAAUAUUCUUGCUAAAAUUAAUCUAAACGUGCAUGUGACUGAAUUAUCAGGAAAUUAGAUCAGCUGUUAGAUGACUGUGGAGAGGAGGAAACCUUUUCCUAUGGACAUGAGUUAUUAUUAUCUGAUCAAUGGCAGCGAAGUCUCAGCCUUUUGAACGUGAACACGGCCACAGAGGCGUAUGGCGCCAUGUGAAAUAGGCAAGCGACGGAGGUGUGUCAUAAUAAUUGUUUUCAUCCAAUAAAAAGUGACGUGUUUCA